GCCGAAACAUUCUGGCGGCUCUAUGAUUUAACAUGUCGUAAGCCACUCCGAACUGGGCUCAGCCACCACUUAGUUUCGUUUGUCAGGUUGUCUUAAUUCUGCACACGUGUUACCCUUAGUUGUUAUCGGCUGAUAUUCUUGAUAAACAUUCUCGCACACACUGCCCCUCACACCUCAACACACAACAUACCUUCAGGCUAAAAAGAAGGCCAUUGGAGGUUAAACUUUAUAAUGUUGCCUUCACAUAAUGAUCCAAGUCAUCUACAUUGCUCAUCUCCAACAAAUGUUCAUGAUACUGAAAAUCAUGUGUCUAGGACUUUCGCAAAUUCCUCCGCAGAUCUCCAUAAGAAACGAAAAUCGAAAUGGACUAUCGACGAUAUAGAUAUUGGGAGAAAACUCGGCGAAGGUCGCUUCGGUUCAGUGCAUCUUGCGAGGGAAAAAGCCAGUCGAUUUGUCAUUGCUUUGAAGAUACUUUUAAAGCCUAGACUAGUAACAAAGGAAUUAAUGAAACAAGUGCAACGAGAAAUAGAAAUACAGUCACAUCUAAAACACCCAAAUAUUGUUCGUAUGUACAGUUAUUUUUAUGAUAAAAAGCGUAUUUAUUUGGUCCUUGAGUACGUACCUAGAGGGGAGUUAUCUAAAGAAAUAAAUCGUUUUGGUCAUUUUGGGGAUAGUCGCGCAGCAACUUACGUAUACCAGCUUUCCAAAGCUCUUUCUUACUGUCAUCAAAAUGAUGUUAUACAUCGAGAUAUCAAACCAGAAAAUAUACUUCUUGGAGCUCGCGGUGAAGUGAAGAUUGCAGAUUUUGGCAGCGCAGUGCACUUACCAGCUUCACGACGUAUGACUACUUUUGGUACGCUCAAUUACUUGGCUCCCGAAUUGUUCCAUUUGGAAUGUGUUCAUGAUCACCGUGUAGACAUAUGGAGCUUGGGAAUACUGACUUUUGAGAUGCUUACCGGUAAUUUACCCUUUGAUGGUGAAACCUUCCAGGAGAUUUCCGAAAAGAUCCAAAAUGCUGAUGUUUCAUAUCCAGAUACAUUAAAUCUGGGUGCGACGAAGCUCAUUACUAGUAUGCUCAAAAAGCUGUCAACUCAAAGGGUUUCUUUAAAUGAAAUCGAUAAUUAUGACUGGAUUAAAAUGCAUGCUGAAUUUUCUGUCAAUCAAUGCAGAGCAGCUCUUCAAGAUUGGGAAAAUGUUAAUAAUCAGUAUUCUACUUGUCCUUCAUCUAGUAGUUACGAAAGCUCAUCUACAUUUGUAAAUACAUUUUUAAACGAUUGAUGUUUUCAUAUAUUCAACAUUGCAUUACCACUUGUUAUGUCUUUCAGGAUAUCUUAAUAUAACAAUUAAAAAGCUUAUCAUUUUAAUUAUAAAUGGUUAUCAUUUUUACCAUAAUCUAUAUGCUCAUAUAUACAUGUAUUUGCGUGACAUUAACCUCUUUCACUAUUCUAUCAUAAAUACCUGAUAGACAUGUUUUAUGUUAUUAUUGCGUAUAUCUGUAAAUUAAUUACACAUAUUUAUCGCUGAUUCAGCAACAAACCAAUAUUUGAAGAAUGUUAUUUUAUUGUUGCAUAUUUAACUUACGGAAAAUUCUAGGAGUCUGAACUUUUUUAUUACUUAAAUCUUGGGGUAUUGUCUUAAGAUUAUUAAAGUUGUACAAUUUGAAAUUUAUUUAUUUAAAAGAUUCCAUCUUAUCUAUAUACUGACCUCUUUGUAAUCUAGUGAUGAGAUAUCCGGUUGACACAUUAAGCGGUUGUGGUAAUUUUAAAAGCUCAUAAUUUCACCUUUAUUAAAAUUAAACUACUUGUAAAUUUCCUGUCGAGAGUAUCACUACCAAAGUUUAAGAUGUCAUUUUACACUUUUGCUUUGAAUUUCAUUUAUUAACACGGUUCGUUGUCUAGCCA